ACCCGCUGCCAAGCACAAAAACCCUAACCCCCUCUCGCCCCGGCUAUUAAAGCCUCGGUUAACAUACCUCUGCGGCUAGACGGCCGCAUCCGCAUCUCCACGCCUCCUCGCUGCUCGCGCACAGGGCAAACGAAGCGAUGGCGACGGCGACGGUGGUUGGUGGACCUGGCAGGAUGGAGGCUGCGGCGUCGUCGUCGUCGGCGGCCGAGCUCACCGCCGCUGUUGCCGCCCAGAGGUUGCUAGGCCUGCUCGCUCUUGCGAUUCAAGCUGUAAACAGUGGAUCAGAAAUAUUGAAUGAAGACCAGAGGGCAAUUUACAAGCUACUUGGCAGAAUCAAAUCAGACAGUGUUCCUGAGAAUAAGGAUGCUGGAGGGUCGGAUGACGAUGACGACGAUGAUGAUGAAGAUGAGGAUGAUGAUGGGGGUGAAGAUGAUGAUGAUGCUGAGGAGUACUCUGGGGAUGAUGGGGGUGAAGAUGAUGAUGAUGACGAUGAUGAUCCUGAGGCUAAUGGUGAAGGAGGGAGUGAUGACGACGACGACGAUGAUGAAGAUGGUGAUGACGAUGGUGAGGAUGACGAUGAUGAUGACGAUGAUGAUGAUGAUGAAGAUGAAGACGAAGAUGAGGACCAGCCACCUUCUAAGAAGAAGAAGUGAUCUGGCAAUUUUCACCCUGCAUCCACCCCCUUGCUGUUUCAUGCUGCUAGUUGUGUUGUUUAGAUGGUGAAACAGGUUUGGGACCAAUGUAGCUUGUGGCUUGUCAGUGUCUCAAUAGUGUAGGAAAAUUUGACAUCUGAUGUUAAAUUGUUACCUUGUGUUUUCCCCGUUGUGCAUGUAGUCUUAAUUGUGUGUUCAAGUGGGGUCAUUUACUAUUAUUGGAGCUGUGAUUCUGUGUCAUGCCAUUCAAUCUCAUUCUGGUACUGAGGCAGUGAGGCCUGAAUUGUAUUCACUGACAAUAGACGCUGGGAGCAUCUUUAAAUGUGCUUAUUACAUUUAUAGUUGCUGGAAGCAUCAUGCGGCUUCAUGCCUCCUAUUGUUGGGACUCAUUUAUCCAA